AGUUGAUAACAGAGCGAGAAAAUUUGGCUCUGCUGUUAUUGCUUAACAGGCCAAUCGAUUACUGCUUGUCAAGGUGGACUGCAAUCCGAACAGGCUACAAGUUCCAAUUUCACCUCGUUUUGAAGGUCUGAAAGUUUGGAUGGAGGCAGUGGCGGAUUUAGGGGGGGGGCAACUAGGGGCAGUUGCCCCUCUUUCGACGAGUUGAAGCAAGUUUGGCGCCCCUUUUUGGAAAUUAUGCGCCCCUUUUGAAGAUUGAGAAUCAGCUAAAAAAGUUUCUGAGACUGAUAGGUUAAUUUGCUUCAAGGAUUACCUGAAAGUUAUGUUGUUUAUUCCGAAAGUGGAUCUGAAAUUGUUGUAUACAGCAUACUCUCGUCAUCAAUUUUCGAAAAAUUUUCAGCGGCCCUACUACCAACUGCUUCUCCUUCAAAUUUGCUCUAGAUCCGCCCCUGGAUGGAGGGGUCUGUGUCGUGCAUUUUGUAAAAGAUGUUAAUUCAAGUUUUCAGACAGUGCUAAUCUGACAUUGGGAGUUUGUAGAUCUCAAUGAUUAUUAUCAGUUUUGUACUCUGCAAUUUUGGGCAUAGCUUAGAUUUGCAGGAUAGUUGCAAUUAAAGUUCUUAUUUUUAUGCUUCCUCUGUCAAAGGAGAACAAAGACUUACUAGCGACUCAUAUACAUAUUCAGCCAUUCUUAUGCUUGGUAGCCUCUAUCGGCUUUUUUAUCUUCUUUGCGGCUUUCAAAAGGGAUUGUACCCCUUCUACCUUGUAUGCAUCAAAUCUUUUGUAAUUUUUUGUAAAGAAAGGAAAGAAUGACAUUAUAUUUUGGGGGUGAUAAUAUUCUAACCCCAAAGAAAGGGGUUUGGGCACUUUGAUAAAGCUGUAUAUCCUUCUGGUUUGACAAUUUCAUCAAGUCUGGCUCUCUUUGAAGUCAAUCUUCGAUAGUGCAACGUAGGCUGACUUAAUCUUCCCUGAAGCAAAUACUCCAACUUUGAGAGUCGCGAAAAAGGUACGAAAGCUGAUAGAAGCUACCAACAGGGGCGGCACCAGCCACUAGAUUGUCGGAAAAGGCCCGUUUACCAACAUGGAGCGCCAAUUUUUCCAAUAAGGAAGGGCCACGUCCAAAUUUUUGUUACGUAAAGACAGUUUUACAAUCAUAGGUUUACAUCACAAAAAAUACAUUGCCAAAAUAUUACCCCUCUUCUAACCUUGUCUCGUCGAAUUUAGACGAAAUACAACAUCGAACCUGUUGGAACGGGAGGGGCGUGUCGGUUGUUGCACUCAUUGCAGUUAAAUACAUUGUUACGUAAAUAAUCUAGCUAGAAACGUGUUUCCCUUUCUGUUUGUACUUACUUGUUCUAAAAUCGCAUUUCUACUGGCUACAAUGGUUUCUGUCCUAAGGCCGAUUAACUGAGAAGAAAAUUCUAAGUUUGAAAAAGAUUUCAUGGCUAUGGAGAAGGAAAAGUUCCUUAGCGGGGCAAGGGAUAGUGUGGUAGAGGAAACCACAGAUGAUGAUCAACAUGAGACGCCUGAAGAGUACAAAUCAAGAUGGAGGACAAUUAGAAUCACUUACUUAACUCAGGCACUCAGUGCAAUGGAAUUUGAAAUCAUUUUACCUUCAAUUUGGCCUUAUUUGCAAAAGGUUGACCAAGACGUCAAUGCUCAGUUUCUGGGUUUGGUAGUUAGUGGUUACAGCAUUUUUCAGAUUAUUGGUGCCAUUUUGUUUGGUGCUUGGUGCAGGUACCGUCCAGCUAUCGAGCCAUUGUUGGCAAGCGCUUCGCUUCGCUUUGUUGGGCAUUUCUUGUACCUUUGUGCUGAAAACUAUCCUGGUUUUGAUGGGAAAAUGUUGAUUUUGUUGGCAAGGCUCAUUGUUGGUUUUUCAGCAGGAGAUGUAGCUGUUUGUCGCACUGUGGCUUCCCAGUCAACUGCGAAAAACGAGAAGAACAAUGCAUUGAAAGUCCUGGUUGCAUUGGAACAAUUUGGAGCUGCAAUGGGUCCAGCUUUGCAAGCUGUAGCCGUACCCCUGCUUGGCAAAGGACUACAUUAUUCAUUUGUGAAUAUUGACAUUUUCAACAUUGCUGGAUGGAUCGGAAUAGUGACGACAGUUUUCAGAAUAUUCAUCAUCCUUAUUUGGUUCAAAGAACACAACAUUGAUGUGAAAGACAGCACAGGCAAUACCUCAUAUCCUUUUCCUUGUAAUAUCAUGCAGCAUAUCAUAAAAUCUUGAGAUAUUUCAUAUUCCCCAUUCAGUUUCCGUAUUAAUUUUUUUCCUAAAGACUAUAACGUGCUAAUUUUCAUUACGCACGGAAUUUUUGCAAAUGGUGAAAGAC